AUGACACUCGCAGAGUUUUUUAGUUGUACUCUACUUGCUUUCGGUCCACCGUUGGCAAUGUUCGCAAUGACCAUAGCUAAAGAUCCAGUAAGAAUAAUAAUCAUGAUAGCAGCAGCCUUUUUCUGGCUUCUAUCGUUUUUAGUAUCCUCUUUGGUUUGGUUCAUAGUUGUCCCACUUCGAAGCUAUUUAGCUUUUGGUAUGGUGUUCGCGGUUGCUUUUCAGGAAAUUUUCAGAUACUUCAUAUACUUGUUACUUAGAAAAACCGAGGCAGGUCUCAAAGAAAUAUCAGAUAAUAAUGAAAUAAGUAGUCACAAAUUAGAGAUGGCCUAUGUUUCUGGCCUAGGAUUUGGUAGUAUGAGUGGAGCAUUUGCCUUGGUUAAUGUUCUAGCAGAUUCUGUUGGACCAGGCACUCUAGGUCUUCAAAAUGGAACUGAGUUCUUCUUUGUCUCAAGCGCAGCUAUGACUCUCUGUAUGAUUCUUCUUAAUACAUUUUGGAGUGUUAUUUUCUUCAAUGGAAUGGAUGAAAAGAACUACAAGAAGAUAUUUUGGGUUGUUGGUUCACACUUUUUAGUAUCUGGCAUAAGUUUAAUGAACACAAAAGGGCUAUAUGUAUUUACCAUUUUACCUUCUUAUAUAAUUUUAGUAAUUACAGCAAUAACAGCAUUUAAGUGUGCUGGAGGAAACAUUGCUUCUGUAUUAAAUUCUUGUUUUUCCAAGGCCUAA